UGCUGCAUCCAGUGUGUUUGAGAAUGGAAACGUCCCGGCUGCCGUAGCCGCAUCCCAAAUUCAUCCUGCUGUCAUAACAAGAGAAAGAGGAUCAUAACUUAUCCUGAAGAAUUAUCCUCUUGAUAUCGACUACAAGCCGACAGGAUUUUAUUUUAAAAUGUCAGACAAAAGUGAGCUAAAAGCAGAGUUGGAAAGAAAGAAACAGCGCCUGGCACAGAUCAGAGAAGAGAAGAAGAGAAAAGAGGAGGAAAAGAAAAAGAAAGAUUUGGAUGGACAGAAGGAUGGAGCGCCGCCUCCUCAGGAUGACUCUGAUCUGGAGAGGAAGAGGAGAGAGGCAGAGGCUCUUCUGCAGAGCAUGGGCAUAGUGGAUCCCUCCAUGGCACAACCUCUGCGUGAUAUAACAGAGGACACGUGUCUGUUUCAAUAUUUAGUCCCCCCUCCCAUGUCCCCUUCUGCCAAAUCAGUGGGCACUCCCAGCGAAACGGGCAGCCAGGACUCUGGAGAUGGCGGCACGGGUCCGAGGACUCUUCAUUGGGAUUCUGACCCUUCUACUCUGCUGCUACAUUCAGACUCUCAGCUCGGACGUGGAGCGCAGAAGUUGGGCAUGUCUAAAGUCACGCAAGUGGAUUUCCCACCCAAAGAGAUGGUGUCGUACUCGAAAGAGACCCAGACCCCUACACAGACGCAGCACAAAGAGGAUGAUGAUGAGGAGGAAGAUCUGGCUGUGCCACAGGCUGUUCUGGAGACUCACGAGGAGAAAGACCCUCAGAAUGAGGAAGAGGAAGGGUCUCCUCAUGAGCUGACAGAAGAAGAGAAACAGCAGAUACUUCACUCCGAAGAGUUCUUGACGUUCUUCGAUCACAGCUCUCGUAUCGUGGAGCGCGCCCUCUCCGAGCAGGUGGACGUCUUUUUCGACUACAGCGGUCGUGAUCUUCAGGAUAAAGAGGGAGAGUCACAGGCAGGGUCCAAACUCUACCUGAACAGACAGUUUGUGGACGAGCGCUGGUCUAAACACAGAGUCGUCACCUGCCUCGACUGGUCACCACAGUAUCCUGAGCUUCUGGUGGCAUCAUACGGCAGUAAUGAGGAGGCUCCACACGAGCCUGAUGGAGUGGCUCUCGUCUGGAACAUGAAGUAUAAAAAGACCACACCAGAAUAUGUCUUUCACUGUCAGUCUGCAGUGAUGUCGGCAGCGUUUGCGCAGUUUCAUCCUAAUCUGGUGGUUGGAGGAACGUACUCGGGUCAGAUCGUCCUGUGGGACAACCGCAGUAACAAACGCACCCCUGUGCAGAGAACCCCACUGUCAGCCUCCGCUCACACGCACCCAGUGUACUGUGUGAAUAUGGUGGGCACCCAGAACGCUCACAAUCUCAUCAGCAUCUCCACUGAUGGGAAGAUGUGCUCCUGGAGUCUCGACAUGCUGUCUACACCACAGGACAGUCUGGAGCUUAUCUACAAACAGUCUAAAUCGGUGGCCGUGACCUCCAUGUCGUUUCCUCUGGGCGACGUCAAUAAUUUCGUGGUGGGAAGUGAAGACGGAUCGGUUUAUACGGCCUGCAGACACGGCAGCAAAGCAGGAAUCAGUGAGAUGUUCGAAGGUCAUCACGGGCCAAUCACAGGGCUCAAUUGUCACACUGCAGCAGGACCGGUCGACUUUUCUCAUCUGUUUGUCACUUCGUCUUUUGAUUGGACAGUCAAACUUUGGAGUACUAAGAACAAUAAGCCAUUGUACUCCUUCGAGGAUAAUUCAGACUAUGUGUAUGAUGUCAUGUGGUCACCCACACACCCGGCUUUGUUCGCUUGUGUCGACGGGGUGGGACACUUGGAUCUGUGGAACCUAAACAAUGAAACCGAGGUUCCCACGGCCAGCGUGACGGUUGAGGGAAACCCGGCUUUGAACCGCGUGCGCUGGGCUCAUUCGGGUCGAGAGGUGGCUGUUGGGGAUUCAGAGGGGCAGGUGCACAUUUAUGAUGUUGGAGAGCAAAUUUCAGUGCCACGGCCGGACGAGUGGACUCGAUUUGUGCGCACACUGACCGAGAUAAACGAGAAUCGAGAGGACGUGGAGGAACUGGCUGCUCAGAGACUUGCUGCGUGAUCACCAUAGCAACGACCGCCGGCUAAAGAAGUUCCCUGUGAUUUGCAUAUCUCCAUCCUUUCUGAAGUUAUUUGUCAUUGGAUGACAAUCUUGCUUUUUCUUCCAUUUCUUAUUUAAGGCUGAAGGACAAAAACUUUGUUUAGCAAAACUUUUGAGUAAUGAAGUAGUAAACUACAUCAGGAGUGAAUUAUGUUUAUUUCUAUUUAUAAAACUAGAGGCUAAUUUUAAGUGAAGGGAUUGAUGCAUAACGCACAAAUAUGCAAACUAUUACACUACCCACGUCUUUAUAACACAGUAAGACUUUAAGUUUAAGAGACCAGACAUUAACCUACAGUAACUGGGUUAAUGUUUUUUUGGUGGAAUAUUUACAUUUUUCCUGACAACCUAAAGCUCACGUUUGUAUUUACUGGAUUAUUUAUAGCUUUUAAACAAUGCCUUUUGCUUUGAGCCCCAUGGUUGCUAAAGACUGAACAUGUAUAGCGUGUUUUUAAUAUCUUUACUUUUGGAUGCCUUAUAGCAAACUUUACUUAUCCACAAUCUUCCAGCAUACAGAUACUCAGAUAUAAAAUCAUUGUAUUGGUGCUUGCUAAUUCAAGCGGCUACGACUGAAUAAUCUUUACAUUAUUCUGCAAAAUGUUAGAUUUUUUUUAAAUGUAUCCAUUGUUUGGUUAUUUUAAAAAGAUAUAAUAUCAUUUUCCCUUUGCUAUCUUAGUUUCUUUUAACAGUCGGAUGAGUAGCUCAUAAGCGUCUUAUCCAAACCUCUGUCAUGAAUUAUUUUGUCUGUGUUAUUUUGCAAAUGCUUUAUUUAAAUUUAAUUGACUUCCCAAUUCAUAGCAGAAGUAUUCAAACUAAAGUUGGUGUUUUUUUAUUUAAAUGUGGACAUUUAUUUAUUAAUAUGGAUUUUAGUAGCACAUUGUGUACUUUAGACAUUUUGCAAGUGGCAAAACUGACAUAAAAUUUCAAGUCGAACUAAUAAAAAGUAAACCUUUAUAUAAAAUUUAACAUAACACUGGCACUUAAGAACAAAUUGUUUUUGGCCCUGAUAUUUAUUAGACUUUGAAAUACUGUGGUUCAUUUCAGAGCAAAUAAAUGUAUUUAAUAAAAAAAUUAACCACUCCAAAAA